ACUACGCAUGUGUUUUUUUUAUUUAUCCCAAUAGUUUUUCAAUCGAAGAUAAUUAUUUUGGCAACUAUGGAGGGUGAAACAUUGUUCUAGGGAGUGAUAGAGUGGUAGUGGUCGAGGAAUUAUUUCGGUGAAGGGUCGUGCGACGUUUGACAAGGAGAUUUCACUGGCUGUGAGGGAUUUUUGAAGUGCUCGUGCGGGAAUAUUAAGUCCUGAGGAGGAUGCCGGAUUCAGAAAAAGAAAAAUGCAUGAAGCAGCUGAAGAGACGGAUGGAGCCUUGGAGAGAGGCUGUCUUGCCUAUAAAUUCAGUCAUCCUCUGGGAGAAGUCAUGGUAUCCUGGGUUGAUCUUCGGAGCCAUCACUACGUUAUUCCUGUUCAUUUGGAUGCUGGAGCCGACGUUCGUCACGAUAAUCUCUAUCUCUCUGCUGCUGGCAGCACUCAUUGACUAUUUAGUGCCAGUAUUGUCGUCGACAUUCAUCUCCUCGACUGCCUGGACAGGCCACAAGGAGAAGAAGCUCGAGGAAAUAUGCCUGAACCUCAGUGAGGUGAUUAUUCAGGUUCAGAAUACCUGGAAGUAUCUACUAAAUGCACGCAAUAAUCGGCCGGCAGUUUACUAUGGAUCCAUUACUUUGGGCCUGAGUUUACUAGCCUGGCUGGGGAAUAUCGUCAACAAUUUAUUAUUGAUGUACUUAAUCGUCAGUAUUUCCCUGCUGCUGCCAGGUUUGAAGCACAAGGGUCGAGUGCAAAGGGCUCUACAGUACGUGUACAAGUACUUGAUGCACCAGAAGAAGGCGUAAUGCCAAAAAUUUGACAUCUGCCCAUUCAUAUUUCACCCAUAAUUGUUGCACGAGCUUCUCACGUAUCUACUCACCACAGCAUCAGCGUAUAUAUUUAAUCAAAAUUUAUAACAAAUCAUCGCUAGACAUCACAUACGCCAGGAGGCAGUUUAAAUCAUUAACAAACAGACUGACCACGAAUCUUUAUUAGAAAAUUCUCAUGAUCCAAAGUUGAAGCGUACUCACUAGUUUUAUUUAUUUGUGAUAAGAUAGAAAAUAGAAAUGAUUCUUCAUAUUUUCUGUACUCGUUGGAGACUAAAAUCUACGUGUCUUUGUA